AUGACGUCACGUUUCUGGAAUACCUGGAGAAAAGAAGAGUCUGAGCUUGAAUCACCGAUUUAUCACAACAACGACGAGGAUGAAAAUUGGUCGAAAAAUGCACACAACAAUGGUGAGAUUCGUGAGAGAGAUUCGUCACCAGCGAAACCGAUACACAAGAAUGGUAAAUCACACGGCAAUACAAUAAAAGUUGAUCAUCGAUUUGAGCCCUGGACGUCAAAUGGCAGUGGUUCAAUGACAGAUGACAAUGAUAGAGUCAUUGGUGCGAGACUGAUGAACGGUAAGUCAAGUGCAAGCAACGGUUCAGGAAAACAGGUCAAAUGUACUGAUGAUUUGUCAGAAUUGCACGACUGCAAUGAUUUUGUUAGAAAACAUGAAUCAUUUGAAGAUGAUGAAAGAAAGAGCAGUGGAAUCAAAAGAUUGACCAAUAACAUUGAGAAUUUAGAGUACAAAGGUGGCUGUAUUGAGAGGGAUGUCCUCAAUCGAAGGCAUUCAAAACAGGAGAAUCCUUUUAUGUUGAAGGAUGAGAGAACAAAUGGUGAUUUCAUCAAUCCGAGAAGGCCAUCUGGGAGGGAGAACGAGAGUAUGUUUGUUAAUUUAGUUGGCAAGGGCCACAAGGAGGAUAUUUAUUCGCAGAGAUCAUCGAGAUAUACCGAGGAUUCACCAGAUCGUGAAGUUGAGAAUACAUUGAAAGAUACCAAUAGCAAGCGCAUAAUGAAUGGUAGCAGAACGCGACUGAGUGGUGAAAAUUAUGACGUGCAGUUUAUUAAAAAAUACGGGAGGACUGUGGCCAAAGGACCACAAAUAGACGUUGAUCUAGUCAGAAAAAGUAGAAAGAAUUCGCUGGAGGAUAAGAGCUCCAGCUCUUUCAGUAGAAAGAGCUCAUUUGAGUACCAUUACAGAAGCGGUGAUGCUGAUGAUAAGCACAUUGAAUCUUCACGCUCAUCACCAAUAAAGCGUGAUGCCUUUUACGACAGAGAUAAUUCUGCUGAUAAUUCAUCAUCUAGAGUUGGUGGUGGAGAUCAUCAUUCGAGAAAUGAAUCGUGUGAACGUGACAGUGAAUAUGUCAGAAGUAAAUGUGAUGUUAAGAAGAACGAUCGACACUCGAGGCCACUAACACCACCUACAACACUGGCCGCCGAUCACGAGGUCAGCCAUAAUUAUACUAUAAAAAAUUCACGUGUUUUGUCCUCGAAACCGGACCCUUACGAUGAUUUUAUCAGGAAUAAAAAUAGGAACAAAGCUCAUCGCAAUUCUUGUGAUUUAUCGUGGAUUGAUAGAGAAUUAUCACGGUAUUCGGAUGAUGACGAGUCUCCGGAGCGCGAGUGUAGCAACAGAUUUAGUGGUAAUAAUCGUAGGGAAAAUCGAAAUGGUGAUUUUUCGACGAUUGAGAGAAAUGGAACAACAGUCAUUCGCAUUCGUGGGGCUUCAACGAGUCCUGUGGUGAUGAGAGAUGAAAUGAAAUUUGACAGUCGAUCAUCGAGAGAUGAAUCAGAAAAAAUACCAAGGCGAUUUGUCGAUGACGACGAGGAUUCAGAGGACUACGAGGAUUUCUUCAAUAAUCGAAAGAGAGAGUCUGCAGGCUCACCCCAAGUCACCCAAUGUCGUCAUCUUGAUUCGACCGUACAAAUAACAGACCUUGAGGAUGGCCAGCCGUGUUUACAGUGCGGCGAGACUUGUCCUGGUUUUUCACCGCAUAACUGGAGAAAAAAUUGUACGAGUUGUAAAUGUCCAAAGGAGGCCCACGAUGUGUGUCACGAAGAGUGGGUGUCGGUACGGGCACGUUUGGGUCUCAAAGGCGAUGCUGGGACGAACAAUUACGUUGGCUUCGAGCCGCGUGAAAGAGGACUGGCAUGGGCACCGCCGGGUCUACCACCAAACAAGGUGGAGGAGUACUUUUCAAUGUUACCAGAAAUAUCAGUACCGAGACUUGGUACACCGGGUGAACGUCACAGGGAUCGCCAGUUGUCGACCCAAUUACCAAAACAGGAUUUAGCAAGGGCGUACUGUAGACAUCUAGAUCCUCAGCAUUCAGCAAGUGCUGAUGAUUUUAUGGCAGCUAGAAAUGAAAUUGCACUUGACAUCGGGACUGUGCAAGAGGUAUUCGAGAGGAAUCAUGAAUGUGGAACCUGUCACGAACCACUCAAGUACGGUAGCCUGGUGAUAAUGGCCAGUAAACUUGGACAACUCUAUCAUCCGACGUGCUUCAAAUGUACACAUUGUGAUGAAUUGCUGGUUGACCUGGCGUAUUGUGUUCAUGACAAUGCAUUGUACUGCGAACGGCAUUACGCCGAGGAACUCAAACCAAGAUGCGCGGCCUGUGAUGAGUUAAUUUUCAGUGGAGAGUACACAAAGGCGAUGAACAAGGACUGGCACAGUGGCCACUUCUGCUGCUGGCAGUGCGACGAGUCACUGACUGGACAGCGUUACGUACUCCGAGACGAACACCCCUAUUGCAUCAAGUGUUACGAGAGUAUCUUUGCAAACGGAUGCGAAGAAUGCAACAAGAUCAUCGGCAUAGACUCAAAGGAUCUGUCGUACAAGGACAAGCAUUGGCACGAGGCCUGCUUCCUCUGCCACAAGUGCAGGGUUUCCUUGGUGGACAAACAGUUUGGAAGCAAGGUCGACAAGAUCUACUGUGGCAACUGCUACGAUGCCCAAUUCGCAAGCCGUUGCGAUGGAUGCGGCGAAAUCUUCCGCGCAGGUACCAAGAAGAUGGAGUACAAGACCAGGCAGUGGCACGAAAAGUGUUUCUGCUGCGUCGUGUGCAAGAAUCCCAUUGGAUUAAAGAGCUUCAUCCCACGUGAGCAGGAGAUUUACUGUGCUGGAUGCUAUGAGGACAAGUUUGCCACUCGUUGUGUCAAAUGCAACAAGAUUAUAACUAGCGGUGGUGUUACAUACAAAAACGAGCCAUGGCAUAGAGAUUGCUUUACUUGCACUCACUGCAACAAUUCUCUGGCUGGACAGCGAUUCACUUCACGCGACGAUAAGCCCUACUGUGCCGAGUGCUUCGGCGAGCUCUUUGCCAAGAGGUGUACUUCGUGCGCCAAACCAAUUACUGGUAUCGGUGGCACUCGUUUCAUCUCAUUCGAAGACAGACACUGGCACAACGAUUGCUUCAUCUGCGCUGGAUGUAAAACCUCAUUGGUCGGUCGUGGAUUCAUAACCGACGCCGAAGACAUCAUUUGUCCCGAGUGCGCCAAGGCAAAGCUCACAACCGAAUGAUUCAAUUAAUCACGAAUGAAAUAACAUCUCCAAUGUAUUCUUGUGUCACGGAUAUCAAAAAAGUCAACAGCUUUUACAAGCAUUAUUUCAUAAUCUCGCUACGAUUGAUAAUUUGUUUGAUCGAUAAUUAUUAUUCCUCACUCAUUUUCCUAGCGAAAAAUUCAUUUAAAAUGGGGAGAAAUUGCUCCUCCAAUCGUAGCAAUAUUAGUCAUUUGUAAUUUUGACUUUCUCUAUAUCUUGUUAAAUGUAUAAUGUUAAUAGUUGUUCAGCUGUAGCUCUAUUCGAUAUAAUGACGAGUCAUAUUUCAAAUAGAGCUAGAGACGAUAAAUGAAAAGUCAUAAUAAUUCUCAUUUAACGAUAUAAUAUGGGAGCUAAAAAUACCCGCAGAUGCCUUAAAAAAUAGAUAUAUAUAUAUAUGAUAUAUCAAAAUGUCGAUGAGAGUGAGAGGAGUUGCGUGAUGUUAUUAAUUUAAAUUUCUUAAUACUUUUGUUCCCUUGUUCUCUCUCUCUCUCUCUCUCUCUCUCUCAUUUUUAUCUCAUCUUUGCUUUUUUAUAAUAGAAAAAGUUGUCCAGGUGAUUUAGACGGUAUGAUGAUGAAUAAAAUCAAGUUUUGUUUUUUGUCGUGAAAAAAAUACUGAGAUUUUAUACGCAAAAAGGAAGAAAAGAAAAAAAUAAUCUCGUUAUAUUUCUACUUGAUUGACUCAUUCACUCAUCGACGUGCGUUUAUCAUGAAAUUCCCGCAGUACAUGCUUUAUCUCGUUUGAAAAUGAAAAAAUAAAAAUAAUUGCGUCAACACUGCACCAUCCUACCCAUUUUUAUAUCACUCAAUCAUGUUUGAAUGCAGCCGUGAGUUUAUUUAUUUGAUUUUUUUCAAUAAUCAACGAAAACUAAAUUGGAAUAAUUUACGAUAUAUAAUCCUAGAGGAAAAUGAGUUGAAUUCGAAAAAUGGAAUGAUAUGAAGAUAUGAGAAAAAUAUGGGAUUUAUACGAAUCGCUUCGAUGCACCACAUACACAAACAUGAAAUUCAAUUAUAUCAUUGAAACAAUAAAUAUGCAUUCACGCACGAGUGAACACGCGUCUCUCCACCCCCUUUUCCCUUCCGCCCCUUAGUCCUCUCCUCUUUAUGGUACCAAUGAAAUUUGUGGCCUUAUACAAAUUAUUAUACAAACACAAAUAAAACAUGAGCAAACUAACGGUUUCAGUAAUAUUGUUAGUAUGAAAUGUUAUGUGAAUUUGUAAUACAGGUGAAUUAAUAUAAAUAUUUAACGGCAAGUAAAUAAAAUCUAUUUUUUUUCUCCUC